CUCACAGCCUGCAAAGUUCACUCCAGUCAAUAGGUUAAUUUGUUAAAGAAUUAAAAAAAUUGGCAAGUAACCAUGGCAACCAGACCAGAAGUUUUGAACGAGCAGUUUUUCGAUAAUUCAACCAGCAACGAAACACAAGUUGACGAACUUUUACAGUUUGUAGAACCAAGCCUAGUAGAAAAGGUGAAAAGUACAUUUUUCUUUGUGAUUGCUCUGGUUUCCAUCUGCGUGGGAACUUUGGGAAUUUCAGGGAACACGCUAAGCAUUUUUGUACUCAGCACAAACGGUUUGAAAAAUUCACCCGCCAGGAGAAUGUUGCGCUGGCUUGCGGUUUGGGACUGCAUCUCCAUUGUGUCCCUCCUAUUCUUCAUGGAUUAUAUCAACGUGAUAUGGUUCCAUGCAACCAAGAAUGAAAAAGUUUUCACAUACUGGUUUCCACUAAUUCACAAAUUUUCCGAUCCCUUGUUUGCAACAGCUACAAUGGGAUCCGUCUCCAUGACACUGCUGCUCACCUGGGAACGGUGUCGGGCAGUCUGCACCCCAUUGGAAUUUCGCCAAACAUCACCUAAAUUGAUUUGGGGAAGCAUAGCUGGCGUAGUGGUUUUGAAUUUACCAGGAUGGUUCCAACUGAAAAUUGUUCCAGUUGAACGAGACGGGGAAACAUUUUAUAACUACACGGAUUCCGACUUUGGGCGCUCAGAUUUCUACCGUGUCGUAAAUUCUGAUAUAACUCAUUUCUUCAUUCGAUUACUUAUCCCGUUCGGUUUGCUGUUUUAUUUCAACGUCAAAAUCGUCGCAUCGCUUAAAAGUCGAGUGAACCGUGUAAGGGACAUGACGUCCUCUUCCGAACCGGCGUGUUUGAGCAAAUCCGUAACAAAAAUUGUGGUUGCCAUCGUUUCCCUCUCACUUUUGACCAAUGCCCUGUUCUGCGUGUACAUGGUACUUGAUUCUCUGGCCACCACUUCUUGGGCGGGAUCCCCUUCGCAUGGAUUUUAUGCUCAAGGAAUGUUUAUGAUUUUGCUGAAUUCAAGUGCCAACUUCAUAUUUUAUUGUUUGUUUGGGAGAAAAUUUAGAACGGCAUUGAAAAACUUGUGUUGUUUGAAGCUUGGUUGAAAAUCUACAAAGUUCAGAGGUUUCGUGUUUUGAUUUUAUUAAGAGUCGUUAUUUGCAUGAUAAAAUCUGUAUUUGUAAUUUCUAAUAUUCACGACAUAGACCUUUCCGUAAAAUGACAGUUUUGUUGUCAAAUGAGAUUUAGCAUCCUCCACCCAGUCUAAUUUUGUAAAAUAUUAAAAUUUGAUUAGAGGAUGUGACAAAGAUCAGAUCAAUAUAAUAUCAAUAUACAUAUGUACCUAUUCGUUUUGGAGAAUUAAUGCAUUACACUCAAGCUCCUACUAAUUAAAUUUGAUUGUCAGCAUUGGCCAGUUCUUAUUAUUAUCAUAAAAUCAUUCUGACCUUUUGUCAUUUCAAGUUUCAUUUCAAGUUUCAAUGCCAGUGCGUGUGAUUUGUGAAGCUGUAGUGCAUAAAUCUGUCCCUAUAUUCGUGAUGUAAUUCUUAUUUAAUCCCUUAAUUAAUUAACUUGAUUUUUUAGUUAAAACAUCUCUUGCAUGUGCAUAAUAUUGAGAAUGUGCGUCUAAUUGGAUAUAAAAUCUGUACAAUCGCUGACUCGGGCUGUAUAGAGUCUGUACUCUACUUUCCCUCUGAUUUAGUUGGGUUAAUUAUAAUUAAGAAAUUAUGAUUUUUGGAGAAAUGCAACUUUACGGUAAAGGUGGCCCAAGAAGAUUUUAAUAUCGCGAUUUUACGUUAUUUCCGUUCUUUGCAAGAUACGUAUGUCUAUAUCAUGCAAUAAAAUAAAAUAACGAUUAGCGUA